UCUCUCUCUCUCUCCCUUCCUCUUUGGUAAGACAAGAUAGUUCUAACCAACAUGGUGCAAUCAAAGAAAUUUAGAGGUGUCAGGCAACGCCAUUGGGGCUCGUGGGUUUCUGAGAUUCGUCAUCCAUUAUUGAAAAGGAGGGUGUGGCUUGGGACAUUUGAGACAGCUGAAGAAGCAGCUAGAGCAUAUGAUGAGGCAGCGAUUUUGAUGAGUGGAAGAAAUGCAAAAACAAACUUCCCAGUUGCUGAUAACACAACGAGGAAUCAAAGUUCAACAUCCUCUUCCACAACAUUAUCUGCAGUUCUCAGUGCAAAGCUUAGGAAGUGCUGCAAAUCCCCAUCACCUUCCCUCACAUGUUUAAGGCUUGACACUGAGAAUUCACACUUUGGGGUGUGGCAAAAGCGAGCUGGUCCUCGUUCUGACUCAAACUGGAUCAUGAUGGUUGAGUUGGAAAGGAAGAAAAUGGGACCUUCUGAUUCAGAAUCACCAGUUCUUGAUGCACCAGAGAAGGUAAAACCAGAGGAAGUGAAUGGCUUAGAUGAGGAGCAGAGGAUUGCUCUGCAGAUGAUAGAGGAACUUCUGAAUAGGAAUUAA